AUGCGCAUUCCACGAUAUUCACACUCGGAUUCUCCUGACUCUAAUUCCACGGCGGAUCUUUGCACAGGUUUACCAGAGGCUGAAAGGGACCCAGAACUUGGCGACGGGAUAUUCUCGGACAACGGCCGGGUCGGCAUGCGUUCUACUUCGACAUAUUUGAAGCCUGAUUUUCUCGACUCUUCACCAAAGUCUCUGCAAGUAAGCCAACACAUUGCACCAUCUAUUUUCUCGCCUCAGCCUAAACAUAAUAAAUAUCUUUAA